AAAAUGAGGUUUAACACCAAUUUGUACAAUGUUAUCAUUACCGGACUCUCGUUCGAUUUUGUUUACGUGGCUUUUCAAACGGCUACCCUGGCGAUUUUGUACGGCACGUUUGCCGCGGUCAAUUGGAUAGCACCCAUAUUUGUAUUACUUCUAACCCCAAAGUAUGGUAUGUUCUUGGGAGCGUUGUGCUACGCCACAUUUGUUGCCGCUCUCAUGCAACCGAGGGCUUGGAGUCUGUACCUGACUUCUUGGUUGAACGGAUUCGGUGCUUCAUUAUUUUGGACCGGUCAGGGACUUUUUAUCGCUCUGUGUUCGGAUGAAACCAAUGUGAACAAACAUUUUGGCAUAUUUUGGGGAACUUUUCAAAGUUCGUGA